UCCACUCCACUCCAUGGCGGCCGCGGAUCCCCUUCUCCUGCCGGCUCGCGGAUCUCGCUGACGCGCCCGGAGGCUGCGUCGAGCUCGCGGCUGCAUCACCGGCCUGGCAGUGCGCGGUGAUUUGGCUUGCUGGACAUCAUACCGGGUGCUGCAGCUGUUUGAUUCUUCUUCUUGUUUGCAUGCUACUGCUGCCACUUCGCUUCUCCUCAAAGAUUGACACGCCACUACGGCAGGAGCAGAGCCGAUGGCGCCUGUGGUGACCGCUGCACUUGGCACGUUUGGUCCUCUGCUUGGGAAGCUCACCGAUUUGCUCGCCAAUGAGUGCGGACGGCCGAAAGGGGUCCGCCGCGAGAUCCGCUCCCUCAAGGCUGAGCUUGCCGUCAUGCAUGGUGCGCUGAUGAAGUACACCAAGAUAGAGAAUCCUGAUGGCAAGGUCAAGAUAUGGGUAUCGCUGGUCAGGGAGCUGUCCUACGAUACCGAAGAUUGUUUUGACAAGUUGACCCACCAGCUCGGCGAUGGUGGGGGUCAAGACGUUGGCUUCAAGGAGUACUUCCGCAAGAUGGCUCGCCGUCUAAAAACUAAUGGAGCUCGGCAUGGAAUCGCCAACCAAAUCGAUGAUCUGAAUCUUCAUAUCAAGGAGGUGAAGGAACUCAAGACCAGCUACAAGCUGGAUGAUGUUGCUUCUAGCACCCCGGUCGAGGCAACCGUGGAUCCCCGGUUGGCUGCUCUUUUCACCGAGGAGGCACACCUUGUUGGCAUUGAUGAUCCAAGGAACGAGCUUGUGAAACGAUAUGGGAAGCGUUGAACCCUUUGCUCGGGCCGUAUUUGUAUAUAUAGAAACAAUGAUGUGGCUUACAAGACGAGAUUGAGAGAGAUCGAUCGUUACAGGGAACGAUCGUUACAAGAGGAUUACGAGGGAGAGAUAACAGAAGAAGAGAUAGAGAACGGUACAAGGUUUAAACAAGAUAUCUAUCCCUAUACAACUCUAUCUCUAACUAACCAACUAUUUCAAC